UCUACCGACAAGAGGAGACAGUUUCGGAAUGGAAAGCAUGUCAUUUUUGCGUAAAUACAAUUCUUUUUAGCUAAUUCACCACAAUUCGCUAGUGUUGUCGUACUUCGUACGUGUUUGUUUGAGUCGUGGAGCAUACUAAAACAAGUCUGACAUUUUUGCAGCGGUCCAUUUAAGCCAAAACCGGAUGUUGCCAGCUAUUCGGCCCAAAUGGAACGAGUCUGCAGCUGCUGUCUGCUCUUAGUCACACCCUCGUGUGUUACUAGACUCUGCUGCUCCAAUGACUAUUGAAUAAUCAACACCUCUUUUGUCCUAUUUGGAGCGUUAAUAGUUUGCUGUAAUGCUUGCAUUGGUACAAAUCCUCUGAUCCGGAUGUGAGUUUAACGUUUGGACUGGAUAUGACUGGCUCAUCAUCACCAUGGCCCGGUCAGAGGAGAUAACACUGGACCCUCUGUGUGUUGCUCUGGAUACCAGACAAGUAACUCCCUACCAAGAAAAGUACUUUUAGUCCCAAGUCUUUGUCACGAGAUUUGUAUUUCCAUCCUGUGUGGGACAAUGGCAUCUCAGAUGUACACUUUUGUUACCCGGGACGACAACAGCACUGUUUAUGCAGAAGUUUCCAAAAUCCUCCUGUCGACAGGGCAGUGGAAAAGGCUGAAAAGGGACAACCCUAGAUUCAAUUUGAUGCUCGGUGAACGGAACAGGCUACCAUUUGGACGUCUAGGUCAUGAACCAGGACUGGUGCAGCUGGUGAAUUACUACAGAGGUGCAGACAAGAUUUGCAGAAAGGCAUCCUUGGUCAAGCUAAUAAAGACCAGCCCUGAGCUCUCCGAUUCACCCAACUGGUUCCCUGAAUCCUACAUAAUCUAUCCCACCAACCUCAACACGCCUGUGGCUCCUGCUACAAAUGGUCUCAGCCAUCUGAAGAGCAAUCCCAAAACGGAUGAGCGAGAAGUUUUCUUGGCUUCCUAUCACUCCAAAAAAGAAAGUGGGGAGGGGACAGUGUGGAUAGCCAAGUCAUCUGCUGGAGCUAAAGGUGCUGGUAUUCUAAUCUCUCACGAUGCUAACAAGCUACUGGAGUACAUUGACAAUCAAGGACAGGUUCAUGUCAUUCAAAAAUACCUGGAGAAACCUUUACUUCUACAGCCUGGACAUCGAAAGUUUGACAUCAGGAGUUGGGUCCUUGUGGACCACAACUACAACAUCUAUUUAUAUCGUGAGGGUGUGCUGCGGACAUCCUCUGAGCCGUAUAAUAGCUCCGACCUGCAGGACAUGACCAGCCAUUUGACCAACCAUUGCAUCCAGAAGGAACACUCCCAGAACUACGGUCGCUACGAGGAAGGGAACGAGAUGUUCUUUGACGAGUUUCGUCUGUACCUGCUCAACACUCACAACGUCACGCUGGAGUCCACUAUAUUACCUCAAAUAAAGCAAAUAAUCAAGAGCUGUCUGUCGUGCAUUGAACCAGCAAUCAGCACCAAGCAUCUCUCCUACCAGAGCUUCCAGCUGUUUGGCUUCGACUUCAUGGUGGAUGUGAACUUCAAAGUGUGGCUCAUUGAGAUCAACGGAGCGCCAGCCUGUGCACAGAAGCUGUACCCUGAGUUGUGUCAAGGCAUAGUGGAUGUUGCCAUUUCCACUGUGUUCACCCUGAACAAUAGCGGUGACUCCGCAUCGUCUUCGCCUUAUUCUUCCUCUCCAUCAUCCCUGUUCUCGACCAAUGUUUGCUCCUCACCCAAACUGAGAGGGCCACUUCACAUUGGCCCUUUUACGCGACUUUAAGCACAAGCAAAACACCUCUUCUGUUAUUGGACAGCAAAGUCCAUCAAUUGUAAUCCGAGCAUAUAUUGUACCUCGUGUUACCCGCAUGUGCGUUUUCCAUCUGCAAAAGGUGUGUGUACUUACUAUUUUUGUUCAUUUAAAGAAUGGAAAGGAUUCUGUGAGUGUACUUUAGGGACUGGUAUUCCUCUUAACGUAUAAUGACAGAUUUUUGGAAGUGUUGAGAAAGUGUAGACGCUCAAGAUGAAACUUGUGCCUUACAUUUGAAGCCAUGCAACUUCUACUGUAACAACCCAUUCAUGUUUUUGAAACACACAUAGCCGUGCAGCAGAGGGAAAUAAUGUGCAAGGAGGAUGUCCUUCAUUUCGCAAAGUCAAAUCAGUGUUGCAACUUUAUCUGGUAAAAUUACACACAUAGGCAUCAAUUAUGUUGCUGUAAUUGACUAACACAAAUGUUAUGACUUUUUUUUCCCCUUUAGACAUGAUGGUUCGUCUACGCAUCUAGUUGAGUUCUUAUAAUCAAUAUUAUCUCUGUUUCUGCUAUUUUAGUUGUUUUUUGUUGGGUUUCUUUUGUGUGGGUUUAUAGGUAACAUCCUUUACUUUUAGUCUGAGGAAGGGCACCUUAAAACAGAAUGUUGGGUUCUUCUAGAAAAUUCAUAGAAGACAUCGUAAGGUUUAUUCAGUGAAUGACAAAAUAAGAUGAAUUAAGUUCUGUAUUAUAUUAACAGACCUGUAGCUGGAAAAAAUGACGUGACAUUUUGUUGAGGCAUUGAAUAGUAAUGACUGCUUAUUUUUUUGUCUUAAGAAAAUAUAUUUUUUACUGCGAUCUGGGGGGCAAAAGGUGCCUUAGAGGAAAUUAUAUGUGGAUAUGUUUUCAUUUACAAAUAAUUUAUACCCUAUUAAAUUGAUGUCAAUGUAAUUUUCAAGAAACCAUGGAUUUAAAAUGUUACCGUUACCACUCAUUGUGCAGUUUUCACAAGUCCUCAAUAGCUUCAUUCCGACCAAAGAUAAAAUUCAUGCUGUAUGUUGAGUAAAUUGUCCAAUUGUGCUGUAAUCUGAAUAAAUUAUUGGAUUGAUCUGAAAUUGAGCAUUGCAGUUAGAAAGGUGUGAAUAUUGUGUUUUAAUUUGACGUGUUGCAUGGUUGUCAUAAACUGUAUUGCUAAAAUAAAAACAUGACUGUUA